AUGGAAGGGAAGCAGAAAUAUGGAAGAACAGCUUAUGAUAUUGAAGGGUAUGGAAGUAUUUCAGUUCUUCCAGAACAUCAAAUUCUUGAUUGCACUGAUCGAUUGUUUCUUACUAUCAAGUCCCCCAGUAAGUUCACCCUCUCAGGCCACCCUUGGACACCUUGUAUUGGAUCAAGGGAGAUUUUCGAAGUACAAAUAAUGAAGUUGAAAGCCUCAAAUGAGUUUCUUCUCAAGGUCAUGGCAAGAUCACUAAACUUGAGGAGAAUUACUUUCUACAUCAGUAAGGCGAAAGUGAAAGAGCGACAGUAA